AUGGCAGUGCGUAGUCUUUGGAUAGCUUUCGGAGUUGUAACUAUUCUUGGGACUUUAGCGGGACUGGUGCAAUGUAAUCAGGAGACAGAGCUGAUCGGGGACUUGUUCAAAAACUACAACAAGAAUAUACGUCCAGUAUUACAUCCUGAAGAGAAAGUGGGGGUUCAGAUCAAGCUGACCCUCACUAAUCUUAUUUCCCUGAAUGAAAAGGAGGAGACUCUUACAACCAAUGUGUGGAUUGAGAUUCAAUGGAAUGAUUACCGCCUUGCCUGGAAUGCAUCUCAGUAUUAUGGCAUUGAGGUUAUUCGUGUCCCGUGCAAAACUGUCUGGCUUCCCGAUAUAGUUCUUGAAAACAACAUUGAUGGCAAAUUUGAUGUGGCCUACUAUGCCAAUGUGUUGAUCAGCAGUGAUGGUGGGAUUUACUGGCUGCCUCCUGCUAUCUAUCGCAGCACAUGUGCCAUUGAGAUCACCUACUUUCCGUUUGAUUAUCAAAACUGCACACUUGCAUUCAGAUCCCAGACUUACAGUGCCAAUGAAGUGGAUCUUACCUUGGCUGUUGGAGAAACGGGGGAGAUUAUUGAAUGGGUGGACAUCGACCCUGAGGCUUUCACAGAGAAUGGUGAGUGGGCCAUUGUCCAUCGUCCAGCCAGGAAGAUGAUCAACAGUCGGUAUUCCCCAGAUGACCUGGAGUAUCAGGAGAUCUUGUUCAAUCUGGUCAUCCAAAGGAAGCCGCUGUUCUACAUCAUCAAUGUUAUCCUGCCCUGUUCCCUUAUCUCGUCUCUGGUCGUACUGGCCUACUUCCUACCUGCACAAGCUGGAGGACAGAAGCUGACCGUGUCCAUCUCUGUUUUGCUGGCUCAGACUGUCUUCCUCUUUCUUAUCGCUCAGAAGAUCCCCGAGACCUCUCUGUCUGUCCCUCUAAUUGGAAAGUACCUGAUCUUUGUGAUGUGUGUCACUACUCUCAUUGCUACAAAUCAAAUUGUAGUGCUGAACUUCUCACUGCGCAGCCCCAGCACUCACACUAUGUCCCAAACCCUCAAACAUCUGUUCUUGAAAAUGGUUCCUCGCUUCUUGGGCAUGUCUCCGCUGGUGGAUGAUAGUGAGGUGACAACAGAGGUAAAUGGGGUGAGGGAGCGGCGGCGCAGCUCCUUUGGCCUCAUGCAGAGAGCAGAGGAAUAUGUGCUCAAGCAGCCUCGCAGUGAAAUGAUGUUUGACAAGCAAAGAGAGAGGCAUGGUCUCACACGAUCCAUUGUGGACAGUAUAGAUGUCAGCAGCACAGCUAACCUAUAUAAGAGUUUGGCCCAAGCUGCACCUGAGAUUAAGCAAUGUGUGGAUGCCUGCAACUUCAUUGCUGACAGUACAAGGCAACAAAAUACCAUUGGCUCUGAAAUUGAAAGCUGGGUCUUGAUCGGGAAAAUGGUCGACAAGGUGUGUUUCUGGGCUGCUAUUUCUCUAUUCAUCAUCGGCACAGUGUGGAUCUUCCUAACAGGACACUUCAACCGUGCCCCAGAAUUACCAUUUCCAGGAGAGAGUAAAAAAUAUGCCCCAACUUAA